AUGUCUUCGAUUGUAAGGACCAAGGAACUUUUUCCGAUGAUGCCCUACAGUACCAAGCUGUGUCGGAUUGUCGGAUUCUGGAGCGAUGCGUCUCAACCGCGAGCCCAUUGGCGCGUCUAUGCCUUCGAGGUUCUGUUCACCAUGAUGCUCAUCAUUCCGGGAACCGUUUUCAUCAUCCGACAGGAUACCGAUUUGGUGAUACUGUUGAAGGCGACGUUCGAGGUGGUUUCCUUUUUUAUGUUCGACAUCCGCUUCCUGGUCCACGUUUCGCACUGCGAUACCCUGAAGGCAUGCUACUACGAGCUGCAGGAAGCGCUGACAACGUUCGUGGAUAGUCCUCACGAGGAUGUCCGGGGAGUGCUUAAAAAGCUGCAACAAGUAUCCGGCUGGUCAAAGUACUAUCAUUUGGCUGUGUUCUGUCAGAUUCAGCUGUACGGACCAGUUGGAGUAGUCGCAUCGGUUGUGAUGUACAUGAUUGGCAAGAUAGACGUCGAAGAUUUACCCAAUCCUUUUAUUGAAGUUGAUUACUUGUUCUUCAACCAUCGGUCCAGCUUCUGGAUGUGGCUGCUGAUAGCCGUCAUCAGUGUACUCCUGGAAUACGCAAUGCUUACACUUUUCGUGACCAAUGAAACUACCCACUGGGGCUUACUGUACCACGUGUCGGGUCUGUUCAAAAUCAUUGGGAUGGAACUCACUCGGUUGGAUGCGUGUGUGGAUGCUGAUCAGUACAUAAACAAGUUGGGGAAACUGGUCGAAAUCCACGAGGCCGGCUACAGGUGUGCUGCUCGAUUGGAGCAUGCUCUACAUAACGUGGUGGCACUCUUGUAUGGAUUUUGCAUAACUCAAAUAUGUUACAUCAUGUUCGUGAUGACCUUGACCGACGAUGUUUUCAUCCUGGGAGGAAUGAUUUUCGUGGCCCAGUACCUUACCUUCAUGAUUUUUUCGUUCUCGAUGUUCAGCAAUGAAAUGAUGGAUACCAGCACCUCGCUAACAAACAUCAUCUACGGGACCCGUUGGUACGAACGAUCGGCGCGGGAAAUGCAAUGUGUAUUUUUCGUGCUGAUGCGAACUCAGAAGGGAGUUGCCAUUACGGCUGGGAAAUUCUUCCCGAUCAGUCGUAGAACGUUCGCAAUGGCUAUGAGAAACGCUGUUUCCUAUCUAGCUUUGAUGCGCCAGUUUUAUGGAGAUUCAUAAGCUCAAAACCGAGAGAAUCGGUGUUAGAAUUAUUUUCUGUUUUAAU